AUGACUGAUGCCGAAAACACGCGGCUGCCGACCUAUUUUAUUGGUCAUGGCGGUGUUAGUAUCAUGUUUAAACCCGAGCACGAGGCCGUUCGACAAGGCCUGCGUGAGCUUGGCAAACAAAUUAAAACCCUGAAACCAGACGCAGUUGUUCUUACGUGUGGCGAGUUUGAAGGUGAAAGUGAUGCCAUCCAAGUCAACUUCAAAGAGCCAACUAAGGUGUGGCAUGAUCUUGGCCCUUCGUGGAGAAAGACCUUCCCGCAUGUAUUUGAAUAUGAAUAUGAGCAUAAAUCCUCCCGUGCCUUGGCCGAGAAGGUUUUUCAACAUCUGCAAAGCCAGGGCGUGAAAGUUGAAAGUACCGAGCGGGAUCUGGAUCAUGGAGUAUGGGUUCCCUUCAAGUUGAUGUUCCCAGAGGGAGACGAAUUGGACGUUCCAAUCUUACAAAUGUCAACUUAUGUCGGCGAUGACCUUAAGGCUCAUGUCGAACUUGGAAAAGCACUUUCUACUCUUCCUGGUCGUAUCCUCCUGAUUGGCUCCGGUAUGCUCUGUCAUAACCUCCCGGCCACUCGACAGGGAACUAGUGAUACGAGCAUUGCUUUGGCUCUUGAAGCUGCUGCUAAAGAUGCGCUUGAUGCGCCCACACCAGAGGAGAGAACCGCUAGGUUCUUGGAUUUCCAGAAGAAUGCUGACUGGAUUGAUGCCCAUCCGACUCCGGAGCAUGUCUUGCCAUUAUAUAUGACUCUGGGGGCUGGGCAUGACCUCGAGGGGUAUGAAGUGUGGAACGAAGAUAAAUGCAUUAUCGGGCAGUCAUAUUAUACCUUCAGGUUGGGUGCACUUCCAACAGAUUAA